CCUGAACGCGGCCAGUGAUGACGGAUGACGGCAGCGCAUCACUGGAUUACAUCAUGGAAUGGAGUGGCCCACAGCCGCUGUAAGAGCGGCAGCCGUAUCAAAUUUUUAGUAUUACAAAGACAUGCUUUUAACUGUCAUAAAUCCGUUUCAUUUUGACUACAUUAUGAAUAAUUUUACCGAAUAUGUACAAGGAUUAAAAAAACCUUCGAUGCCAAUCUUAUAACUGUAAGAGAGAAAAGAGAGGUUAUGCUGCGUAUGAGAGCUACGUUAACCUGUUUACGGUGACAUAUUGAGGAUCUUUACGUACAUGCAUAUAAAGUGCUAGAAAAUGUCAAAUGAAAAGCCGUGUCGUGCUUGUCAGGAUUUUAAGACCUGGACGAAACGUGAGAAAGAAGCCUACGACUCGAAAAAGAAAAAACAAGACCAAACUCCAGUUACCAGUAAUAGUACUCGAGACAAUUGCCCUUUAGAUAAAGAUGAAUUAGGUUCAAAGUCUUGGGCCUUUUUACACAGUAUGGCUGCAUAUUAUCCCGAUAAACCAAAUGAAAAACAGAAGACUGAAAUGAAGAACUUCUUUCAUAUAUUUUCCAAAUUUUAUCCUUGCAACAUAUGUGCGGAUGAUCUGCAGGAACAAUUAAAACGCACACCGCCAGAGACUGGUUCGCAGGAAAAAUUGAGUCAAUGGCUAUGCAGAAUCCAUAACGAGCCACUGCAAUAAGAGUGCGUUCUGCCAAUGGUGGCGCUUUCCUAUCUACUAUUUUUUUUCCAUCAUGAUUGAUUAAGGUAAGCCGGUGUUCGUGUGAUAGUAAAUGCCGUGACUGCAGUUUGAGAACCAGGCUCAUAACUGUGAUCUUGUCCAUGACCACCUAUGGGCACAACUUGGAAUGUCCUAAUGUGGAAUGGAAAACGCUUAUUGUUCACAGAUGGUCGCGUUACAUAUAAAAACGUUAUGUGACCCAAGAAGACAAUGCAAAGGGAACUUCCUUUAGCGACACUCUCUCUCACCCAUUGAUCCACAAAUAAAGUGAUGGUCAAUAUCUAUAGACAAAGAAAUACAUUACAUAUUUUUAUAAAAUAUAAAAUAUUUUGUUCAGAUAGGACACACGCACACAAGUGUUUAGAAAUUACUUGAUUAAAAUAAAACUUGAUGUAUGAAUAUACCGUUAGGGGAUGACAGAGGAACCAUGUUGAUCCCAACAUAAUCAGCGAAAAGUAGAAAUGAAGCUUUGUGUUCAGCUUCCUGAUGGUCUUGAAACAACGAGUGACAAACACGAACCAGGCGAUCAAUUUCAAUGCUAUUAAUCCGUAGCCUGGUGGCGAUUCGUAAAUAUACAGCACCAGUCCGGGAUCGAAUAUUUCAGACUGACAUAUGUACAGCGACAUUUGACAAAUGGCAGUAAUACUGGUAAACAGUAUGAGCCAUCGGACUUGGGAUGACGUGAGGACACUCUUGGUAAUCGUGUAGCCGAGUGCAAGUAGCAACAUAAGCACCGUGUACAGAGUCUCGGAGCACGCUUCCGAGAGCUGGCCCAACAAAUGAGCCUUCUCGGCUGGCACUCCUCUCAGACCGAGAUUGACAUAACUGUAAAUCUCGCACAACAAGCCCAAUAACUGACACAACACGGAAAUUAUAAACAGUUUGUAGGAUAUAUGCAG